AUGGGUCUCAUCGGUCUUACAAUCAGCGCUAUAAUGAGCGCUACAGACUCCUCCAAGCAGCCUCGCUCAAGUGGGUGCUGUGGAAGUCGGAAGCAACAAGCCUAUCUCGUCCAACAACCUCAACUUAUGGGCCCCAACCCCGAUUACAUGGCCAUGAACACUGGUCGAUCUUCAUGCUACCAACGCAAGACGGAGCGUCGAUAUCAGAAAAAGAUGCAGCGUGUUGAGCGCAUGCAACUCCGAGCCGAACAGCGAGCAGAGAGAGAUUAUCAGCGAGCUGAGAGACGACAAGCGGGUGUUGCCAUGGUCAAGUCAGGAGCACAAAAGAUUGGCAUGAUUGGUAGCAGCUCGAGUCAGAAUGUUCGUGAAACAAGGGACUUUCAUGAAGAGCCUAACAAUGGCGUCUACGAGUUGGAUGCCAUCAACCAACGACAUGUUGAGAAGGAUGCACCACCUGCAUACGACGAUGUGGUGAGGAAGUAA